AUGACUGGUGGUAAAUCCGGCGGUAAAGCCAGUGGCUCCAAGAGCUCCCAAUCCCGCUCGUCCAAAGCUGGUCUUGCAUUUCCUGUUGGCCGUGUUCAUCGUCUUCUUCGAAAAGGCAACUAUGCGCAACGCGUCGGUGCCGGUGCGCCUGUAUAUCUCGCCGCCGUUUUGGAAUAUCUUGCAGCCGAAAUUCUUGAGCUCGCCGGAAACGCAGCAAGAGAUAAUAAGAAAACGCGUAUCAUCCCCCGUCACUUGCAACUCGCCAUUCGCAAUGACGAAGAACUGAACAAGCUUCUGGGCCAUGUUACCAUCGCUCAAGGUGGCGUCAUGCCUCACAUUCAUCAAAAUCUUCUCCCUAAGAAAACACCAAAAGCCGGUAAAAACCCAAGCCAAGAUCUUUAA